AUGAACACUCCGGACCCGGGCUCGGGUAAAAAAAACGGAGGAUUAGACAAAUAUUUUAGAGAUACUGUCACGAUACUGGGCGCUGACUCAGAAGACAGCCAGGCGACGCCAUCUUUGACACGCGGCUCACUUUCCAACAGCCCGAUACAAUCUGAGCACGGGUCGAACUCCAAUAUGGCUGAAAUCAAAGAGCUACUGCAAAACUUACCUUCCAAGGAAGAAAUAGCAGUAAUGCUGACCAAACUUGAAUCGUCAGUGCAAGACCAACUAUCCAAAAUGACAUCAGAGGUCAAACAAAUCAGUAACAGGGUGGGGGACCUGGAAGAAGACAGGGACCAGAUCUUAGACAGACUACUACAAUUGGAACAAGGACAAGAAAGCAGAGACACAAAGCUGCUAUACAAUAUGAAAAAUACAGAAGAUCUUGACAACAGAAGUAGGAGGAACAACAUUAGAAUACGAGGACUACCGGAGGCACAAGGUACAAAUGAAGAUCUUCAAAUUGUAUUACAAUCUCUCUUUAACAGGAUGCUACAGAGGCCAGAGGACACUCACAUUCUCCUGGAUAGAGCUCACAGGGCCCUUAGACCCAAGGGUCUGGCUCAAGAAGCUCCCAGAGAUAUUAUCUGCAGAGUACAUUAUUACUCCGAGAAAGAGGCUAUCAUGAGGAGCGCAAGGGAAACUGCAGAAAUCACUUAUAAUAACGUGAAAAUCCAACUACUCCCCGACCUGUCAUGGAUGACAUUAAGAGGACGGCGGGCUCUGCGACCAGUUACACAAGCUCUGCAACAAGCGGGAAUCAAGUACAGAUGGGGUUUCCCAUUCUCCCUCAAUGCCUCUCACCAGGGGACCCAAGCCUCACUCACAACUGCGGCUGAGGUACCGGAAUUUACUAAACGCCUUGGCAUCCCGGAGGUAGAGAUAAUUGACUGGUACGAUUUAACGGAAUCAGAAACUACACAAGUUCCACCCCAACACCAAAGAAACCGAUUUCAAGACCUACGGAGGAAACAACCUUGGAAAUCACCACCUACGUCCCCCUUCAUGAGACCCAGGCGACAACCGGCGACCCCGAGACAGAUCCGAUAA